UAUUUUGUUAAACUGAUCCACACAUACAGUAUAGUCAUUAUAUAUAUAAUUUAGUACAGUAUAAGUGACAGCAAAAAAACACCAUUGAAUUAAAAUGAAUGAAUUUAUGAGAAAAGGUACUGUAAAUUGUGAGUCUGCUAAGACAUUCAAAGAUAGGGAUCAACUGAUGAAAAAAGUCUAUCAAAAGCUCAGCGAAGACAACAAAUUUAUCAAAGAACUGACUGAUGAACAACGAUUUGAAUUCUUAUKGACUAAAGUCUGGCCGCUAUCUACGGCUCGUCAGUGGGUCGGCGAAGUGGCCAACGACUAUCAGCGUCAACACAGCAAAUCUGCUGAUAGAUCGGCCAAAUACCGGACUCAAGCCGAAGACUACAUCAAAAAAUGUGAUUAUCUAUCGGCACUCAAUGUCUGCACAAAAGCCAUACGUUGCGCUCCUUUUCCAUCAGAUUUAGACGGCGAGUCCAACGAAUUGGCCAUCGCUUACGGCUAUCGAUCGAUAAUCAAUUUUCUGACCAAAGACUAUACUAUGGCACUGUUCGACGCUAACAAAUCCUGUGAUUUAUGGGAAACCCGCGAAAUGUUGACCCACAAAGUCCACUGUUUGCGACUAUUGCGUCGUUUCGGUGAAGCCAUAGCUGUCGUGGAUUACAUUGUGUCCAAUGAACCGCCAUUUAUGAAUGCCUGCGCCGUGAAUAGCACUAACAAAGAGCUGCUAAAACUAAGACAACAGAUAAGCGUAGAGUUAGAUUCAGCUAAAGACGAACUCAUAGCGAUAACUGAAAUUAUUGAAUCAAUUGAUGAUCAAAAAACACCGACCAAUGAUAGUAUCAUCACUACUGUUAAGACAGAAAUAGAUGAGUCGAUACCCUAUUGGCUACACCCGAACUGUCAACUAAAAGUCAGCGACACUAAGGGUCGUCAUAUGGUGGCCAGCGAACGRAUACCAUUCGGCAGUGUUAUUAUAAUUGAGCGCCCGAUUAGCAAAGUCCUGUACGAUCCGACAAUAAGCAAUUGUACAAAUUGUAUGAAAUUUAUCGGCGAUCAAUUCUUACCGUGUCUGGGAUGCGAUGAAGUGAUCUUCUGCGACGAAAAAUGUUUUGCUGAAGCCUACAACAGUUAUCAUCAGUACGAGUGCGGCAUAACUGGUCUCGUGUUUCAGUUGAACAGUGCUAUACAUCACGCCUACCGUUUGUUCAGCCGAUUUGGUCACCAGACAACUGUCGAUUAUCUCAGAGAUCACCAAAAGUUUGAUUAUCAAGAAUACAUUGCAAACCAAAUGUUGGAYACCGAUAAUGAGGACAAUGACAAAGAGUGUCCGCCGUUGGAAAAGAGUUGCAAUGUUAAUGGUAUGGAAAGAUUCAAGGCUUUUAUGGGACUCGCAGACAAUGGAGGAAAGUUUGAGCCAUCGAUGACAGUAUAUCAAUGCUUUCGGGCCAUGGAUUGCAUACUAUUGUUGCAAUGGCGGGAACUGUUGAAUAAAGAGUAUGACAACGAAAACAUCAAAGAAUURGCCAAAUUGACGACCAAUUUGAUGACAAUUGUACGCAAAGUUAAUGUCAAUGUGUUUGGUUGGGCCGGUAAGGACCGUGUGGCCAAAGGCAAGCAUAAGGGCAGUGCACUCGUAGURAUCGGUUCUCUGUUCAAUCAUAGCUGUCAACCCAACGCCUAUUGGAGUUUCACUGAUACUGGACUUUUCACGUGCAAAACUAUCCGUCCUAUUGAGGCCAACGCCGAAAUCAACAUCACUUACGGCCCAACAGUGUUGACGUUGCCGUUCGUCGACCGACAGAAACGGCUGAAACACAUCUACUUCUUUGACUGUAACUGYUGGUCGUGUCUUCAAGAGUCAGGUCAAGAGUUAAACGUCAGGUGUCGACAAUGUGACGGACCGUUGAUCUGUACGUAUCACUACCAAAGUCAGUCGAUAUGUUGUCUGCAAUGCGGCCAACCUAUGAACGACUAUAUCGAUGUUAUCGUUGAUAUCCAUCAAUUGAAGAGUCGAUUCGACAAAUCGAUGAUCGARUUGGAGAAUAACAGCGAAGACAAGUCGUCAGAGACCAAAGCCGAAGAAUUGUUAAGCAAACUGUUGGCUAUCGUAUCGAUGGACAGUCAGCCGUUGUUGAAUUGUGUCCGCGAUUUGGUUCGCCAUUAUCAGCGGCGCCAACAGUUCGCUAAAGCUGUUUAUUACGGCCAAUACUUUGUCAAUCGUAUGGACAAUCAGUUGGACGACUUGUUACUGUGGACUCAGUGCUACUAUGCCUUCUUUGAUAAACAGUCGACACUGUCGGUCAGUGACCAGCACUGGAUUCAUGCGUUCAGUUUCUAUAAAUCAUUGGUCACAGUCUUGAAAAAUAAGCGGACACUAGCCUUAACUAUGAAAUCGGCAAAACCGGCGAUCAAUGGAGACAGUUGUCAGCCAUUGUUGUCAGAAACCGACAAACUUUCAGUCAAUGGUGAUAACGAUGACCGCCGUUACGUGGAUUCGGUUGACAUCGAGACCAAUGCACUGAUCGAUAGUCAUUUGAAUCGUAUCCACAAUGAAUACAAACAGUUGAAGUUAUGGUACAAAUCCGGCCAAAAAAAUUAACAAACAAAACAAAGAAAAAAAAAUACAAUUAUUGUAGUAAUUAUUUAAACUAUUU